AUGUCCUCGACAGUUGCAACAAUCACACAGGCAGCAACCGUCGCACCAUCAUCCUCUAUCGAUGCUGCCGAUGCCGCCAAAGCCUCAGCUUCUUCAGCGGUCCAUUCGCUCUCCAAAGCGAUUGCUUCAGCAUCUGCAGCCCUCACAUCUGAAAGCGCGAUUGCAGCAGGGAAUGAGGCCAAUCCACCAGCAUUCAAGUAUGUCGGUCUCGCACUUGCCGUCGGAUCAGGCAUCCUCAUCGGCUCUUCGUUUGUCUUCAAGAAGAAAGGUCUGCUAGCCGCGCAGAAAAAGUACGAAACCGCCGCUGGUGAAGGUCACGCCUAUCUCAAAUCGCCCAUGUGGUGGAGCGGCAUGAUUGUCAUGGUCUUUGGCGAGAUAUUCAACUUUGUUGCCUAUGCUUUUGCCGAUGCAGUCCUUGUCACACCGCUUGGCGCUCUUUCCGUCGUGAUUUGCGCUGUUCUUUCGUCCAUCUUUCUCAAGGAGAAGCUCACCUUGUUUGGCAAAGUGGGCUGCUUUCUCUGCAUCGUCGGCUCCGUUAUCAUUGCGCUUAACGCACCGACAUCGCAUGUGGGCGGCAAGAUCACCGAGUUUCAAAAGCUCUUCCUCGCACCAGGUUUCCUGAGCUGGGCAAGUAUCUGCAUCGUUGCCUCGUUGGUGCUCAUCUUUGUCUUUGCUCCUAGGUAUGGAAAGACACACAUGAUGAUCUACAUCACCGUCUGCAGUCUCAUCGGCGGCCUCAGCGUCAGUGUCACUUCGGGUCUCGGUUCCGCCAUUCUGCUCUCGAUUCGUGGUCAGAACCAGUUCAAGCACUGGUUCAUCUACUUUCUGCUUGGAUUCGUUAUUGUUACGUUGCUGGUCGAAAUCAACUACCUCAACAAAGCGCUAGAGCUGUUCAAUACCGCCACCGUCACGCCAACCUACUACGUCAUUUUCACCGGCGCCACGCUUAUCACCUCAAUCAUCCUGCAGCAAGGUCUUAACGCAACCGUCGUUGAUAUCAUCACGCUCGUCAUGGGCUUUCUCGUCAUCUGUGCAGGCAUUGUACUGCUGCAGCUGAGCAAGAUCGAUCCGGAAGAGUUGCAGGACAAGCCGGGCUUGGAUCGCGAAACUACGCUCUUGAUGCGCGCCAGCCACUCGGUCAUUUCGCAUGGAGGCGAAAAAGCUGACCCAUCUGCAUACGAAGAUCCUGGUGUGGAUACGGUGCGAGGAGGUAUGGGCAUCGUCGGAUCCAUGAUCCGUGCUCGCAGCUCUCGUCGUCUCAGCUCUGCUGGCUCGUUGAGACACCACAGCGCAGCCGACGAGUAUACGCUUCGCAGUCGGAACCAUCUUCCACUCACCACGCAUGGCACUGGCAACAUCGAGAGGUAUCAGUUGCAAGAUACCCCGCUACCGUCGCGCGGCAUGCUACGCGACGCAACAUCCUUGACAGUGCCCGGCACGCCGAGCCGCAGAAACACAGCCAUCUCAUUUGAGCCCGGUGCAGAUUCGCCGCACGGUCACCACGCCACCGAAGCACCCAGCGUCUCGCAAUUCGGCACGCUCAACUCCAUCAAGGAAAGUUCCAACGGUAGCGGUCGAAGCACAGAAGCGUCUGGCUUGACCGAUGCUGCCUCUCAGGAUGCCGCAAAUGUGAACGCAUAUGCAGCCCAUGUUCAUUCUCCACUCUCAACCACCUUGCCACGAUCCCAAGUCGUUGGAGACAUUCGCAACAUGUGGCAAGAACCGAAUCUCUCCUACACUUCUUCGCCUGAUGCGACACCGGAAACCGAGGAAGACGAAUACUCGAUCCGUGCUGUCGCGUCUUCUGCUGUUGCAGACGGAGACGGCCGAGGGAGCACACGCAGCAACACCAAAGACUAUCCCCAAAUCAAGCCUCGCUCAGCUUCCAAGUCGCUUUCUGGGGCACAAGCCAGCAGUGACGAGGACGAGGCGGAGGAGCUUCUCAGUCCAAGAUUGGGCUACAGCCGUCGAUGA